CAAUGACUUCUCACAAAUGACAUAGAAAAAUGUGUAAGAAAAAUAUCGGUAAACAAUUUGACUUAAUACAAAACAUCAAAAUAACAAUAAAACAAACAAAUAAAAUUGGAUUGAUAUAAGGGAAAAUUUAGAGUUUUUCGAAAUUUUUUUGAAUAUUAUAAAUAAUGGAUUAUACAAGGGAUAAUAAGCAGACUACAGAGACACAAGAUGAAUCAAAUGAGACGAAAGAUGAUGACGAAGAUGCCGAAUCCAUUAGUCCACGACAAGCUGCGGAUGCAGCAGAAGCCGAACGCGCACGAGAAACUGAGAAACAGGAAGACACUGAAGAUGAUGAUGAGGACGGUGUACAUGCAGUCUCCAGCGUUAAGGAAUUCAAGCCAACGCCACUGAUGGUAACACUUGAGGGCACACACACAACAGAUACAACCACCGAGUCGCUGGCGAGUGUAGAGAGCACCGCUAGAAUGCAGAGGCACGUUAAUUUCGAACAGGUCAUGGAGGAGCUGGGUAUGCCUACGCCAUCUACCAGUAAAGUGGUGGAGAAUGUGAGAGAAUAUGUGAAGCAGAUUGAAAGCCGUUUAGAGGACUACGGAGCUGGCGCCUGUUCCUCACCACGAUUUGGGUCAACGCCACAAGCAAGUGCCGCACAAAUUGUUGAGUUACCAAGGGAAACUUUAAAAUUGGAGACCAUCAAGGGAGCAUCAGAGUUGAGUUUCACCAGCAAGCUUAGUGACGACUUUGCCGCAUUCAACGAAGUCGAACGUAUGGCACACGACGAAGUGGAACGCAUUGUGGCGGAGAAUAUCUCGCCAGCGACGAAACGUUUGACCGAAAGACCAGACUUUCAACAGGUGGAACGCGAAAAUCAAGAGAUCGCCGAACGUUUUCGGCAAAUAAUGGAAAUGUUCGAUAGUUUUACCAAAAAUUUGGAGAGUCUCGAAAUGCCAGGAUUACAGACAACCGAAGAAGGCGCUGAACGUGCAACAUUGCCAUUAAGUCGGCGUUUGAGCUUUAAGGGUGUACGUGGCGCAGAGCAAACUGCAGAUGCAGCUGUUGGCGCACCGUCAGGCGGUAGUGUCUACAAUGAAUUUUACUUGGAGGUGCAUGGUGAAAGCAAAGGCGAUAUGAGAAAAGAGGUGCCCGCGGUGCAAAGCGUUGCGCAUAAAUCGUGCAACACGCCUAGCAACAACACUUAUCCACAAAAGUCCGAAGCUGGUUUGGAUCCAAUGUAUCGCGAUAUGGCCACAACAAUCAGUGGUUUGGAGUUGCUUGAUGAGGCGAAGCCACCAGCAACAGUACCAUCGUACUAUACACCACGCGUACUGGCCGUACAAAGUCUCACCACUAUUGGUUGCCAGACAUCUUCCGACUACUUCACGGUGCAAAUCUCGCCAAUGGAAACCAGCUCAUAUAGUCGUUUACCCUCAUCGUACGCAAAAGAUCUCUCGCAGACCGAAGAUGAUAUUAUCAAUGCGCUCAUAAUCGAUUCCAGAACAGAACCACCUACUAGUUCUACAGCUGGUGCAGGCACUACUACUACCUACAACGACGUCACCGAAACCAGCGAGAUUACUAUCCCACAGCCGAAGGGUAAAUUUCUGGGCUCCACCGAUCAAUCAGCGUUGGUGAAGAUACGUGAACCACCGACUACAAUCGACUUAACACAAGAUCCGAAUGCACCACGUGUCACCUCCGUAGUCACCGACAGCGCUGGUAACACCACCGAUGCGCCCUGUGAACGCACCUACCAUACCAUACACAUUGAGGCCAACUCUUCGCCCUCCUCGAGUGUGCUGCGUCGUCCGCCGCUAUGCACACGUCUCUGGAAUGUCAUCACCGAUUUUUGUGCCGCAGUCUGCCUAUGUCUACAGGUUAAUAAGGAUUGUCUUUUCUGUUUGGGUUUCUUUAUUGCAUUCGUUGUGAGCGCUUCAUUCUUAACGGCUUUUUUCUAUCGUACUUUGAGUAUUAAUCCACACCUAGUGCAAGUGCCAGCAGGUUCCCCGAAUUUUGUAAGUCAUGCAAAUGCUUUGCAUAUCAUGCAAAAUGACAACACUUUAUAUGGGAUGUGAGCAAAGAGCGAAGGUUAAGCUUUUAUAGCUUUCGCAUGAAUGAAAGCUCAUAUCACUAAAGCUUUCACUUUUCAAAAACAUAGUUAACUGCUGUGCGCUCGCAAUAUUGGGUGUGGAUUACAUAUGUGACUUUUUUAUAUUCGAGUUUAAUCUGUGUGUGCUUUGUAAAUGUAUGUAUGUAUUGUAUGUAUACUUUUUUGGAUAAACGUUUUUGUACCUGUAGGCAUAUGUAUAUGUAUGUAACGAUUGUAAUCUUGUAUAUGCACGAAUAUAAAAUCUGUCAUAUUGUUGAAGUUGA